UACCACAAGGUUUCGAUUGGGGGUCACAUGUUAGAACGAUAUAUGUAGUUGGUACAAUGCUGUUGAGGGCGUCGAGAUCACAAUAUGGGACAAGACCACAUCCCAUCCCCCCACGCAAAACGAUGGCACUCGCAAGCGAAUAUUCACUACCAACUACAUCCCAGCAGAAGCACAAGAUGUCGCCUCGCUGAUGCUACCGCUAACUCCCUUGGCGGGGCGCGAAAGUGGUUGCAGUGUAGUUGGUGUCCCGGGUGGACGAGGGCAAGUGAAAAAAAAACCAGUUCAAGAGGCAGCCAACCAACCAACGACCAACGGAUCUCUAAACUCCCCCACCUUCCGAUCCCCAAGCGCAGUUCCAGAAAUAUCAAGAGUCACAGGGAUCUUUUGCUUCUUUUCCGAACCACCUCCCCCGUUGUUGUGUAUUAUCUCCGAAGCCAAGCAAAGAAGAAGCGAGCCCAAUCCAUCCAGGUUCCGCCCUUCCAGAAGAAAAAGAAACAAAGAAACAAGGUUGGCUGCCGAGAGGCGAGCCGAAUAUCAUCACAGUGAAAUGGUGUCGUCGAUGGGAUUGUGUUGGUGGAAGGAGGAAGCCAAGGUUGUCGCGUGUCGUAGUCGGUUCGUGGGAUUUCAUCCUCCUUGCAUGAUCGGCCGUCGUCGACGUGGGCUGGCUGCCAUGGGUUGAGGACGGCGAGUGAGCACGCCGCUACCAACCCUCUGUCG